AUGGCCUGGAAACACCGCUUAGCCAUUAGCAUGACAAUAACCACCGGACUAUGUCUAAUAGGAACGUUCCUGUCGUUUAACAUGGAAUUGGACCCAUGGACGAACAUGUGGCGACUGUUCAUAUUCAACGAACGGAUGUUGGAAGUAGAAGCCGACAAAGAGGUGGCUAGUAUGUUGGGCGCGAUGAGCAAAUGUUGCCUACUGGAAAUCGAACAUCCUACACAUAAACGUGUGGCUGGCGUGACGUCUCGUCUGUUGAACGCCAACUUGAAGAUCGAUGAAAUCCGUAACCGCCAUUGGAGUGUGGUGGUUGUGGACACCCCGAUAAUAAACGCAUUUGUCGCGKGCAAUGGAUUCAUUUUUGUGUUCUCUGGACUGGCGGCCUUUGCUAACGACGAUCAGCUAUCGAUAAUAAUCGGCCAUGAGCUGGCUCAUUGCGUGCUCCGGCACAUGAACCAUUAUAACAGCGUAAAUUUAGUGGUCCAUCUACUGUGCGCGUUACCUGUAUCCAUGGUCUUAGCGGUUGCGCUGCCGCUCUCUCAGUCAAUAUUGGCAGUUUUAAUGUUUCAAUUUAUAUUACAUGUGUGUGUGAAGCUGGCUACGAUAAGGUCUCAUGAAACGGAAGCUGACCGCGUCGGAUUGGAGUUGGCUGCGAACGCGUGUAUAGACGUUACCCAGGGUUACCAAUUUUGGGAAACAAUGCAUAAAUUAAACGAAUCGUCCACCCGAAUCUGGUGGCUGCAGACGCACCCAGCGGAAAAAACCCGUGCCGAAUACUUAUAUAGUUUGAUACCUGCUGCCAUGGAGCUCCAAAAACAGGCCAAAUGCUAG